AGUGGCUCAAGGACUGCACAAUUUCAUCUACUCCAGUUCAUUUCAGUCUCUCUCUCUGCACAUUACACAUUCUGGACAAGAGGACCUUCAGUCUCUCUGGCAGUUGUCAUAAAAUAAAAUAGUUUAAUAUAUGAGACAGCAGAGCGAGUUGAAAUCCAACGAGGUCGUUUUGGAGUCGAAUGAGUCCAUGGACCAACAGGAUUUUAGCGAGAUGUCUGGUUAUUCUAUUAACGACGUCAUAUACUCCGAAUGUUCCGCAAUGGAGCAAAUCAACACUUUUAUGAAAAACGUUCAGGUGUUGCUGGAUGCAGCAAAUUACAUUGAGAACAAUGAAAAGAACAACGGAAGUAAGUAAUGUAGUCUAUUCUGGUGAUUUCAGACGCAGACUCGCCAAGGCAGACAACAAUGCAAUGGACCGAAAUGGCGACAAAAGACGCCUAAACGAGAGGCAACCGUAAUCAUGAGGCAAUUUGUGAAUAAUAUUUAAACCUAUUAUGCCAAUGCAAAUUGGUUUAAAUGAAUGCGAGAGCAUAUAGCCUACAAAUAACAAUACAUGGUCAAAAACAAACCCGUGACAUCGAAUUAUGGUCUCACCCGCUAUGGCAUUUUCCAUGAACGGUAGCAGUAUUUAAAUGGCUAUUAAAGUGCGCAUUUUCCAAUUGGAUGAGACUUGUCUAUGACCAUGAAUUCCUUUCCUUAGAGACAGUCUAAACUAAACAGCUUAAUGGUAUCCAUGAAGGCAUGCCUGUGUGCGUAAAAUAGACUGUCUUCCUUUGAGCACGCCGAAUUACUUAUUAAAAUAUUUAGGCUACAUAAUUGGCUAGUCAAUUUAUCAAAUUCUCACUCACCUUAUUUUUUAAACCUAGCCUACUCAACAUUUCGCAUAGGGUUUCCUUAAACUUUUGUCUGUGGAUGCCUGCAGGCCGAAGAAAAGCAAAUCAUUCCUAGGCGGCCUGUUUAUCUCAGACCAAAGCCAACUGGCAAAUCAACCCUUAACAAAUGUUAAUUUUGUUUGAGAGAACUCUGCAUAUUGUGCAGAAGCUGAAUAGAGAAACCCUAUAAUUCCAGCCCAAUAAUGUAUUUAUUCCUGUCAGUUGCGCUUCCUCUCUAGCCACAUGGAGCAAAAUGUACCGUUUUGAUUGGACUUAACACAUGUUCCCAUCUAGCGAGUCAUUGCAGAUAUCCAAUCAAACACAGGUUUAACUUUGACGUCGCAUUCCGAUUUGAAAAGUGUCUCUGGGAUUUGUAGGCUUAUGGACACUUUAGUCUUCAAAAUGCAUUUUAAUGCAUACUGUAAUAGCCUACGAUGUGAUAUUACAUCAUUACUUAAUUAAUGAAUAGGCCUAUGUCUUGAAGAAAGAGUUCGUUGGUAUUUUUCAAUAAACCAUGUACAAAAUAUAGAUUUAUGAAAAAUGUAUGCACUCACUAACUGUAAGUCGCUAUGGAUAAGAGCCUCUGCUAAAUGACUAAAAUGUAAAUGUUUAGGCCUACGUGCUUUGUAGCACGAACACUAGGUUGCUGCCAGUGAUGUAUAUAAACCCUGGAUUGCUGACAAUGCUAUGUAUUGGCAAUGGAGUCUUUGAAGCCACAAGUCGGCCAUAUUGGAACUCUCCAGUAGGAGCAGGCCUCCAUAGGAAUUAAUGGAAUUCUACAGUAUUUCAUUUAAACGUUUCAAGGACAAAAUUACAUGUAUUUAAGUAUUCUUUGUUGUUGUAGUGGGGACAGUAACAUUAGUUAUCUCAAAUAAUUAUACUUUAUGUUUAGCUCACAUAAGAUAAUUUAGAAGUAUGAUUAAAGGUGUCUGUAGUAUAAUAAAUGUGUCAAAAACGAAUGUAGACAUUAAUAAAUGCAUUUCUAUAGCUUCCAAAAUAUGUUUAGGCUAUGCUGACAUGCCUGGGACCCAAACUGAUGACGUUUGAUGAGUGGAGAUGAACAGAUUCAGUUCACUCAGUUGUCCUGAUGAGCCCUCCCAUCAAGCUAGUUUAUGCUUGUGGCUAGGAACUUCAGCUAGAAUGUUUAACUUGUCUGCCAAAGUUAGGACAGUGUUCAGAAUCAUUCCGUUUUUACCAGAGUGAUUAUUAUUAUUAUUAUACAGAAAUGUUAGAUGUUAAUGCCAUAACUUUGUACAUUUUCAGUGAAAAUCAUUACAAUAAAUCUUCUUUAGUUGUCACCUUGGCCUGAUAUUGGCUGCACUAUCUAGCCGCUUCCCUCUCAUUACUGCGGCAAGCGGGAGCAAAGGACCCUGUGUCCCGUGUUGUCUUGCCGGCUUUCAGCGCAAACUCUCCCCUGCAUCACAGUGACAUCCAGAUGGUAACAACCAAUAUUACAAAUAAUUUCUCGUGUAGGCUGCUAUUCUACUCGAAAUAAAAUCAAGUGGAAUGGAACAAAUUAGAGAUAGUGACCAAAUCCAGAUUACCAAGUUCAACUAGCUCCAUGUUGCUAUUGCCAGCUAGCCAGUAUAAACUAGCUGGGCCUGGGAAGGGCCAUCAGAACGACUGCCUGAACCAAAUCCAUUCGUCUCCACACUCGACUCUCAGCUGCGUGACAUACAAUACGUCAUCAAUUUGGGCACCAGGCGUGUAGCCUCUCCCCAAUGGUGGGGGAGUGCCAAGAUGGAGGAACAGUGGCUUCAAGACAGCGCCCCCUUUUAGUUAUCUAGUGUGUAUAUACAGUUGCUUGCGAAAGUAUUCACCCCACUUGGCAUUUUUCCUAUUUUGUUGCCUUACAACCUGGAACUAAAAGGGAUUUUUUGGGGGGUUUGUAUCAUUUGAUUUACACAACAUGCAUACCACCUUGAAGAUGCUAAAUAUGUUUUAUUGUGAAACAAACAAGAAAUAAGACAGAAAAACAGAACUUGAGCGUGCAUAACUAUUCACCCCCCCAAAGUCAUUACUUUGUAGAGCCACCUUUUGCAGCAAUUACAGCUGCAAGUCUCUUGGGGUAUGUCUCUAUAAGCUUGGCACAUCUAGCCACUGGGAUUUUUGCCCAUUCUUCAAGGCAAAACUGCUCCAGCUCCUUCAAGUUGGAUGGGUUCCACUGGUGUACAGCAAUCUUUAAGUCAUACCACAGAUUCUCAAUUGGAUUGAGGUUUGGGCUUUGACUAGGCAUUCCAAGACAUUUAAAUGUUUCCCCUUAAACCACUCAAGUGUUGCUUUAGCAGUAUGCUUAGGGUCAUUGUCCUGCUGGAAGGUGAACCUCCGUACCAGUCUCAAAUCUCUGGAAGACUGAAACAGGUUUCCUUCAAGAAUUUCCCUGUAUUUAGCGCUAUCCAUCAUUCCUUCAAGUCUGAUAAUUUUUUUAUAACCCAACCCUGAUCUGUACUUCUCCACAAAUUUGUCCGUGACCUGUUUGGAGAGCUCCUUUGUCUUCAUGGUGCCGCUUGCUUGGUGGUGCCCCUUGCUUAGUGGUGUUGCAGACUCUGGGGCCUUUCAGAACAGGUGUAUAUAUACUGAGAUCAUGUGACACUUAGAUUGCACACAGGUGGACUUUAUUUAACUAAUUAUGUGACUUCUGAAGGUAAUUGGUUGUACCAGAUCUUAUUUAGGGGCUUCAUAGCAAAGGGGGUGAAUACAUAUGCACGCACCACUUUUCCGUUAUUUAUUUUGUAUACUUUUUUGAAACAAGUUAUUUCUUUCACUUCACCAAUUUGGACUAUUUUGUGUAUGUCCAUUACAUGAAAUCCAAAUAAAAAUCAAUUUAAUUACAGGUUGUAAUGCAACAAAAUAGGAAAAACGCCAAGGGGGAUGAAUACUUUUGCAAGGCACUGUAUAAAUCAUUGGUUGCUACCCAAACAAAAUAACCUUGAUGGAAUCUAUCCCAAAAUGCAUUGCGGGUGGCUUUAAAAACUCUUCUCAUGUCAGCUGUUGAGAAGGUAAACGACAGUGUUGGGUCAAGCUAUAGGCAUAUAUAUAUAUAUAUAUAUAUAUAUAUAUAUAUAUAUAUAUAUAUAUAUAUAUAUAUAUUACAAUAAUCAACAGUAUAUGACUACAGUUUGCCAACAUAAAAAAAUUAUUGAAAGCUGCAGCAUAUCUAGAGAGGAGGGAGUGGGGUAUGUGACAUGUUGUCUAUGCAUUCCCUGUUGUCUUGGGACUUUAAGCUAUAGCUUGAUGUCACAAAUGUUACAGAACAAAACACUACCGUGAAAGUAAGUAAUAUCAAAAAGUAUUUGUCUGACAGAAAUGACAGAAUUUAUAAUGUGUUACAUAAAUACACUGAGUAUACCAAACAUUAGGUACACCUUCCUAAUAUUGAGUUGACCCCACCUCCCACCCCCCAGCCCUCAGAACAGCCUCAAUUCGUCAGGGCAUGGACUCUACAAGGUGUCGAAAGUGUUCCACAGGGAUGCUGGCCCAUGUUGACUCCAAUGCUUUCCACAGUUGUGUCGAGUUGGCUGGAUGUCCUUUGGGUGGUGGACUAUUCUUAAUACACACGGGAAACUGUUGAGCGUGAAAAACCCAGCAGCGUUUCAGUUCUAGACACAAACCGGUGUGCCUGGCACCUACUACCAUACCCCGUUCAAAGGCACAUCAAUCUUUUGUCUUGCCCAUUCAACCUCUGAAUUGCACACAUACACAGUCCAUGUCGCAGUUGUCUCAAGGCUUAAAAAUCCUUCUUUAACCUGUCUCCUCCCCUUCAUCUACACUGACUAAAGUGGGUUUAACAAGUGACAUCCAUAAUGGGUCAUGGAAAGAGCAGGUGUUCUUAAUGUUUUGUAUACUUAGUGUAUAUUUCAUCACCAGAAUGUGAACAUGGAUAUGCCUCAACAUACCCUGCAACUCAGAGCACGCAUCAUCAGAGACAACGGAAAUUCAAGAAUAAGAAAAUCGACAAUAUUCACAACAGGUAAAUUAAUCUUGUCAUAAUUAUUUAUAACUGUUAUUACAAAUACCCAUGUUGUUACAGUUACAUGAUAACAUUUAUUUUAUCCCUUCAUUAUUGGAAUUGGCUCCAACAUCAGUCAAAUGUGGAAGAAAACCAGUGCAACUAGACAGAAACUAUCAAACCAGUUUUUUUUUGUCUCUCUUGCUAACAUAUCUUGUCUUUUGAUUUAUGUCUAUAACCUGUCCAUUUUGUUUUACAUCCAGGUCCGCACAUAAUGAGCUGGAAAAAAACAGGUGAGUCAGAAGGGGUUGUGACUGUCAUUCUGUGUUAGAGGCCAUUGCGAGUAUUUCCAUUGACAGUUAAUGGUUAUUAUUGAUCAAUUGAAGAUCUCUGUAAGUACUGAAUUUGCAUUAAUGUACCAUUUUCUUCUCUACUCCGUUCCCCAACCAACUGUGAUUUGCUCACGCAACUGUGUACCAUGGGGUAAAACACUUGAGUUACAAGAAAAGGAAUUAGUCAAAGAGAUAUAAGCCUAAUAUAUCUUAUGGUGCAUAAUGUGUCCUGGUGCAUAUUAAACAUCAUAUCCACAAAAUCAUUCAACUGUGUAGACCGAUACAUGGUUUGAUGUAAGUAAUGUGGCAAAUAGCUAUUUCUAGGGACUUUAUCUCUAGAGCAAGCUGUCUUUUCAAAAUGGAACUUCAAGCUGAAAAUCCAAAAUACUCUGGAGGCUGCUUUUAUUUUGCAUAUCCUGGUGCUAUGCUAAAUAUAUUGACCCACAAUUUUUAAUUGUAAUACUGGCUUAUUUAUUAUUUAUUAUUUCACGGCUGGACUUCAAACAACACUUAUUUUAUCAACACCUUCACAAUUUCAAGCUUGUUUGUACAGUGCUGGUCAUUAGCAUGCUAGCAUCCUGGUGGUAGCAUAAUGCAUUGAAUAAAGAUGUCUGUUUUGCAAGACAAAUUAGGGCGUGUAGUCCAGUACAGGUUUUUGGAAGACAACCAUAGGUUUCCACAGUUGGAACUGGAACUGGAACUGCUUGUUUUAGACAGUGUGCCUCCCUCCACGUAAACUAAGCAUUUCUGUGCAUUGAAAAUCAGCUUAUCGCACAGGACCUGAUCUUUGUUUCCAAUGAGAAGCACGUCAGGGCACGGUUCCCAAAAUACAGUGACAAGUGCUAAUCUGUAGAGAGCAGCCAGUGUGGGAAUCAUUGUAGAUCACAGAAGAGCGAAGGGCCAGGCAUCUGGAUGAUAAAAACGUGAUCUCAAAUGGACUCUUUGAACUACAAAGGGUUGGUCAUCAUUAGCGAGACAGGAGUUGACAUCCCCACUUUACCUACAUUUCAAUACAUUUGAUCGUAAGGACAAUGCCCUUCCAAAUCGAGACACUAGGAUGUUCAGUUCUUAUGUUGAAAAGACCUGGCCUUAAAACGAGAUUGUCUGUCUGUCUGUCUGCCUGUCAGUUCAUAGCUCUGGGCACAGACUAUGUAUUCCAUCUAAGUAAUGGAUUAGCCUGUCUAUCCAACAACAUGGGAAAAAAAUAUAAAGGGUCUGCUUUUGUAGUUAAUGUCAUUACUAAUAACCAGCUCAAUGUCUAAUUUGUCCAAAAAUAUUAAUUUAUUCAUCUAUGGAUGUGGAGGGGAUGGGAAUAGGGCCUCAUCAAGGAAUUUAUUUAUGUAGAAAAUCAAUCAUGUCACUCAACUCUAGGAAUUGCAUCUGGAUGUAGAGAGACUGUUCCUAUUAUUGGUUUCACUAAAGAUUAGUCCUCUAUUGUUUCUUCCCCCUCUCAGACGAGCACAUCUCCGCCUGUGUUUGGAGAGGUUAAAGAUGUUGAUCCCACUGGGACCAGACUGCAGUCGGCACACUACCCUGGGGUUGCUUAACAAGGCCAAGGGUCACAUUAAGGUAUGGUAGUCAACAAUGCCACAAUGGUGGUGUCAUGGGGACCAUGGUGUCAUGGGAUCUGGUGAAUGGUUAAAUUGAAGCCCCUAGCCUAUGGAUAGAGAAGCUGUGUGCUCCCAUGACUUGCCAUAGCACUGCAGCACACAAACACAAUGUGAUCUACUUUCUCAGCCUGCAAAUCACUUGCUACUCCUGACUACACACUUCUGGGCCUGACUCAAGCAAAUCCAACGAAAAUGGGGAUAUACCUUUAAUGGGUCUAACUGAUUGAUCAAACAUGAUUGGUUAGAAAGGUUUUCCCCCUAUUUUAUCUAGUUGUAGUCUGGACAGGGCCAGCUCCAGCGAGAGAAAAAUGUACGUUUUAAAGUUAAUCACCUGCAAUUGUACACAUUUUGCAAUGGGGCAGUGUGAAAACUUUGCAAUUUUAUACAAAAUGACAUGCAAUUCUAGUCAUUUUACUAUGGGACAUUUUUGCAGUUUUACAGCAAUUCUAAAUAUUCUGUAAUGACUUAUGCCAUAUGAUAUAUGAUAUGCCAUAUGAUAUUUGAGUGAGAAUUACUAACAAAAUCAAUGGGGGCCCCCUGGAGGUCAGGGCUCCUGGGCACGUGCCCUGCAUGCCCGGUCGGUAUUCGGCCAUGAUAGAUAGCUGGCUAGACUAACUACCAAUCUAAAAGUUGUUAGCUGACAUGCCUAAUUGAGUGACUGUCAGUGACUGACAUAGCCUACUGUAACAAGAGAAAAACUGCUGAUGUACAACCAAAUUUCAAAAUUGCACCUGGUGUAUUUUACUAUUCUUACUCUCAAUAGUAAUUUCAGACCCCAACAGAGUUCCUAAAUAUAUAUAUAUAUACAGUGCAUUUGGAAAGUAUUCAGACCCCUUGCCUUGUUCCACAAUUUUUUACAUUACAGCUUUAUUCUAAAAUUAAUUAAAUAAAUAAAAAUCCUCAUCAAUCUACACACAAUACCCCAUAAUGACAAAGCGAAAACAGGUUUUUAGACAUUUGAGCAAAAACAGAAAUACCUUAUUUACAUAACUAUUCAGACCAUUUGCUAUGAGACUCGAAAUUGAGCUCAGGUGCAUCCUGUUUCCAUUGAUCAUCCUUGAGAUUUGUUUCUACAACUUGAUUGGAGUCCACCUGUGGUAAAUUCAAUUGAUUGGACAUGAUUUGGAAAGGCACACCUGUCUAUAUAAAGGUCCCACAGUUGACAGUGCAUGUCAGAGCAAAAACCAAGUAAUGAGGUCAAAGGAAUUGUCCAUAGAGCUCCGAGACAGGAUUGUGUCGAGGCACAGGUCUGGGGAAGGGUACCAAAAUAUUCUGCAGCAUUGAAGGUCCCCAAGAACACAGUGGCCUCUAUCACUCCUAAAUGGAAGAAGUUUGGAACCACCAAGACUCUUCGUAGAGCUGGCCUCCUGGCCAAACUGAGUAAUUGGGGGAGAAGGGCCCUGGUCAGGGAGGUGACCAAGAACCUGAUGGUCACUCUGACAGAGCUCCAGAGUUCCUCUGUGGAGAUGGGAGAACCUUCCAUAAGGACAACCAUCUAUGCAGCACUCCACUAAUCAGGCCUUAAUGGUAGAGUGGCCAGACGGAAGCCACUCCUCAGUAAAAGGCACAUGACAGCCCGCUUGGAGUUUGCCAAAAGGCACCUAAAGACUUUUAGACCAUGAAUAACAAGAUUCUCUGGUCUGAUGAAACCAAGAUUGAACUCUUUCGCCUGAAUGCCAAGUGUCAUGUCUGGAGGAAACCUGGCACCAUCCCUACGGUGAAGCAUGGUGGUGGCAGCAUCAUGCUGUGAGGAUAUUUUUCAGCAGCAGGGACUGGGAGACUAGCCAGGAUCGAGGGAAAUAUGAACAGAGCAAAGUACAGAGAGAUCCUUGAUGAAAACUUGCUCCAGAGCGCUCAGGACCUCAGACUGGGGCGAAGGUUCACCUUCCAACAGGACAACGACCCUAAGCACACACACAGCCAAGACAACGCAGGAGUGGCUUCGGGACAAGUCUCUGAAUGUCCUUGAGUGGCCAGCCAGAGCCCGGACUUGAACCCGAUCGAACAUCUCUGGAGAGACCUGAAAAUAGCUGUACAGUGACGCUCCCCAUCCAACCUGACAGAGCUUGAGACGAUCUGCAGAGAAGAAUGGGAGAAACCCCAAAUACAGGUGUGCCAAGCUUGUAGUGUCAUACCCAAGAAGACUCGAGGCUGUAAUCGCAGCAAAAGGUGCUUCAACAAAGAACUGAGUAAGUGGUCUGACUACUUAUGUUAACAUUUUACAUUUUAGUCAUUUAGCAGACGCUCUUAUCCUUAUACCUUAUUUUUUAUUUUUUCAUAAUGUGAUAUUAUUUCUAAAAACCUGUUUUUGCGUUGUCAUUAUGAGGUAUUGUGAGUAGAUUGAUGAGUAACAAAAACUAUUAAUUUUAGAAUAAGGCUGUAACAUAACAGAAUGUGUAAAAAGUCAACGGGUCUGAAUACCUUCCGAAUACUUAUGCCUGCAACCUGCCCUGAGUCUGGAGAACCUAUUUGUCUCCCUCUUGUGAACUCUGAAAAAGCCUUUCUAAUUGAUCUGAGAAAUGUUUGGCACAUUGCUGUAUUUCAGAAUUAAAAUACAAAGUGAAAGGAAGUGUGGCUUGUAUGUUCAGCCUUAACCAACACAGCUGUUUCCUUUGUUUUCCUCCAAGCAGCAAAUCCAGGUCUACAAUUGGCCAUCAUACAAAAAUGUCAGGAAUUACUUUGCCACUACAGCCGUUUGGAUCUGUUGGUAUUUUUAGCGAAUGAUGAAUUCACAUAUGAUUAUUCAGGCUCAGAAGAACACAACACACAGUUUGUAACUCAAUCUUGAAUGGGCAGAAUGUGUUGUUGCAAGAGUAGAGUAAAAUGAAAAUAAAAACAUUAUUCGAUUUAAAAUAUGUUUGUAAAUGGCAGCUGUUUAAGAUUUCAUAAUUUGUCCAGGAAUACAAUAUGUGAAUGGGUGUACUGUGAGAUAGAGGGCUGUGUCAUUGUAUAUGCAGAUGUCUGAGGAAAUUUUAUAAAUAGCUGCUCUUUAGCCUACGCCAUUUAUAUGCUAUUAUUAUUCAUAAAAUACUAAGGGUUAUCCACACAUUAGGUUGAUUAACUCUUUCUCCUCUCUGUAUGUUUGUAGAAACUAGAGGACAUGGACCGGAGGAGUCAGCACCAGCUGGAAAGCCUGGAGCGAGAGCAGAGGCACCUGCAGAGGCAGCUGGCCCACCUGCAGACCCCUGUAGGCGGCGAGAGGGACAGGGUCCGUAUGGACAGCGUAGGUUCCCCUUUGGCCUCAGAACACUCUGACUCGGACCAAGGUGAGCCAACCAUUCCACAGAGCUUAGUUAGUCCCAUAGAGAUAGAAGGCACAGAAUAAUCUGAAACAUAACCAAAACAAACAGCAAAUGCAUCCAACACAUUUGUAGUCACAAGCUUGAUGUAGUCAUUGUGUGCCAUGAAUAUGGGACCAAAUACUUAACUUUUUACUACUUUAAUACACACAGGUGAAUUUGUACCAAUACUUUUGGUCCCCAAUAAUGGGGUUACUAUGUACAAAGUGUUGUAAUUUCUAAACAGCUCACCCGAUAUGGAUGUAAAUACCCUAAAAUUAAUGCUGACAGUCUGCACUUUAACCUCAGUCACUGGAGUACAGUGCCAAAACAAAACAGUCACUGUCCCAAUACUUUUGGAGCUCACUGUAUUUCGGCUGACAGUGGCAGUGUUAUAUUAUACUAAGAGACGGUUUAGUUCAGAUCCAUUUCAAACCACUCAAUGGAAUGUACAUGUGCUAGUCUCGAAUGUAGCAUUAGUUGUCAUUCAAUACAUUUAGCUGAUUACUAAUAAGUGUGGGAGGAUCAUUAUUAAAUAUUUUCCUCACUCCAAUUUCUGUAGAAGAGAUCGAGGUUGACGUGGAAAGCACGGAGUUCUCCCAUGGAGAGUUGGACAGUAUCAGCACGAGUGGCUGCAGUGACUUGGAUGACCACAACAGUCGGCAGAGCCUGGCCAGCGACGAGGGCUACUCCACAUGCAGUCUAAAACUGGCCUUUUCCUCCUAAGAACCAUCCUGAAGCUCCUCAUCCACACCUGCAGUCUAAACUGGGCUUCUAAGAACCAGUCUAAAACUCCACCUGCAGUCUAUAACUGGUCCUCUACUACGAACCAGCCUGAAGUUCAACUCCUCAUGCAGUCUAAAUCUGGACUCACCUCCUAAGAACCAGCCUAAAUCUCAAGCACCUGCAGUCAACUGGUCCUUUCUUCUGAUAAACUAGUUAAACUCCUCCUGAAGUCUAAAACUGGACCUCUCAUCUUAAGAAUCUUAAAAUCAACCACCUGCAGUCUAAACAAAGAACCAGCUAAAAGCUAAACCCCACCUACAGUUUGAAAGGACAGAUCUUACCUCAACUGUAAAAUCUUGACACUGAUGUGGGCGACGGCACCUAGUCUGUUACCCGUCUCCUCCUAAAACCAGCACAAAAACCGCAUAAAGCCAGCCAGAAGCUCACCAGUGACAAGGGCAACUUUUUCCCCCACUUUGAAAACCCCUAGCAGAUGACCCUCUGGGAAUAAACAAUUCUUGUCAAUCACCAAGCAAGUUACUAGGGCUUCUAUAUCUCCAAUCCAAACUGUUUUUCUUAUACAGUACCCACAGCAUCCAUAGCCCACAGUUAUACCCCAAGUCUUUCACAAGCCACCAAUGUUAUUCCUACCUAAUUUGAAUAUGAUUGAGAAAUGUAUUUAUUUCCCCAAUAUUUAUCAUGCUGUACUGUCUUGGUCACACUUGAAUUAUGAAAUGAAUGGAAAAUAUGAUUUGGAUGUUUGGACAACUGUAAAGUUAGGUUUUAUGUAAGUCUGUUGUGGUUUUGAACUGAGCAUUGACAAGUUCUCAGACAAAAGCUAGUGCAAUGGUACACGACACGCUAAAUGUAUCACCCAGUGGUCUGAUGUGAGAUGAUUGACAUUCAUCCCCGGUGAGAUUUCUAAAUAAAUAUUGUUUGUAUACACUAGGCAGCUAUAAUGAGCUAUACCGCACUUCAAGGGCCAAGCACAAUUCUGAAGCAAUAACUUAUUGCCAGUUAUGUCAACUCUUUUAAGUUGGCUGUUUUAGGCACAACAUUUUGUCCAUCCAACACCAAAUUGAACUUGCUUGUUUUGUAUGUAGCUUCAUUAAUUACAAAUAGUAAUCAAUAUUAAGAUAAUGUUUGGAACAAAAGUAAUGGCGCAUGUGUAUUGAAUGUAGCUUUCCAUUUUUUCAUCAUGGGCUUUGGAUUGACCAGUUUUGAGAGCUCAUGUCUUUGUAUUGAUGAACACAUGGCAGAAUUUAAUGUGAGUUUUGAAUUUUUACUUAGUAACUUAUGUUCCAUUCCAACGUUAAAACCCUGACGCUGUAUAUUCUGAAUAUUGAUCUACAAAAAUCACACUUUCCCCUUAUUGCACUGCAAGACUAUUCCACUAACCAAAUUGGAAAUGUAAUCUUAUGACCAUACCCAUAUUUUUGUGGGACAACUAAAUAGAUCAUCACCACCAACUGUGUCUUAACAUGGCUAAAUUGACUCUUGCACAGGUUUCUUAGUUCCAAGUCUUUAUUCAAUGUCAGUGUUGGGUAAUUUGUAAAAUGCACUAUGAAAAAGACUUGAUCUAAGAAAGUGUCUCUUAACACCACUGCGCUAAAAUCAGCCAUCAAAGGUGACUUUUACAAAGAACAUGUUGCUGGUCCCCUGCUACCAUUGUGUGUUUCCUGGUAGUGGUCCCUUGAAACUUGAUCAAUAAACCUCUACCACCCCAUGUACC